GACAAGAAAAAACCAACGCGAUUUGUUUUGAUCCCCUCCUCCUAUCAUCAUGUCCAACGAUUGACAUAUAUCACGGAUAUGCUACUCGUUCGCACCAUAUGCGUUUUCUCGUCGUGUGAACGGUUUAACUGCCUUUCGAUAAUCUUUUAAUAUACCGUAUGUCUCGUUUCCGUUUAGACGAAGCAUCGCUGAUAAGUCACGACUCUUGUUCGGUGCAAGAUAUCGUUAAAUAAUCGUUCGAACGCUCAAGCAUCUCGCAAUGAGAAAAAAACGAAUCUCUGUCGCACUUUUAAAACCUAUACGUCUCGCGUGUGUUGUGCUUAGGAUGUAACAUACAUAAAAAAAUAUAUGCAUAUGUAAGAAAUCAAAAAACGCGUCCUUCAAAUGGAGCGUGUUUUGAAGGCUGUACCAGCAAGUUUAAGAGUAAAAAUGGAGGCGCUUGUGCACGAUUUGACUUUGGCAUUAGAAGAAAGCAGCAACAGUACAACCAGACGCAGAUGGGGCAUUAGAAGACGAGCCCGUUCUACGGGAAAUAUUCCAACUUUAAGCAUAACCAAACACUCGGACGACAGCUCAUCUUCCAUUUGCGACAUUCGUAUUCCAAAAACUGCCAACGUUUCGAAAUAUCAGUCGGACAGCGACGAUACCAAUCAGACCAAACGUUUCGCCCAUUUCUCCAACUUAAAUAACACGAGCAAUAUCGAGAGCGACUCGGUAAACGAAAACUUUGUGCCGCGAACGAACACAAGGCGCAAGAGGAAAUUUAAAAGGAUGGCCAUUGAAUACGACGCGAACGGGUCCACUUCGCAGGCAGUGGCAAUUGUGUCGACUUCGUUCGGUGGAAAGAAACGUAUUUUUCGAAGUGAUUGUAAAAGUAAGUACGGCGCUAUAUGGUGCGGAAAACGUAAGAGAUCAUGUAGAGAGCGUUCCAUCGAUUGCGAGAUGAGAAUGUCUAAACCAACGAAAAACACCAAGCUAAAGAAUCGUGGGAAGAUGCAAGGAGGAGAUACUGUGGACUGUUCGCGUAUAUCUAGCUCGAGUAUUUCAUCUAGCGACUCGGAAGCAGGUCUUGUUACCAAUGACGAAGAUAGAGAAGGAGACGACGAGCAGUCAGAUUGGAUCGGGGAGCCAAGUUGGCGAGAAGAUGGAGACAGCACAAGUGACGAUAAAGCCACAUCGGAUUCGACCUUACAGCAAAUGAUACAGCACGAACACUCAGUCGCCGAAGCCAAGAGGAACUAUAAGCAACGAAUACAGCGCAUUCGCGAAGGUCUCAGUGGUAGAGAGAUUCGUGCCGGACGACGACAUGUCAAUAACAAGCCCGGUUAUUCCAUCAUAACGUCAGCUAACGAGAAAGUUUCUCGAUUUCUACAAGAUCCCACUCAGAGUGAAUUGAAACUGCAUCCUAUGCGACAACCCGAGCGAGAAAAGUUAUGUCGACUAGCCAAUUUGUACAGUUUGAGUCUGAAAGGUGAUUUGGGCUGUCCGAUACUGUAUAAAACGCGACACACCACACAGGCUGUUUCCGUGGACCAAGUGUCGUUGAAAAGAUUUUCGGACUACAAGAGAUUGCGAAAAACACCUCCAAAUUCACCGAAUUCGGACACCAUGAUGCAGACUGAGGAGCCUCAGAUAUCAAGCACAACUUUCGACAACAAAAUUACUCAAUCUCAAAUUCAAAGUCUGGGUCCUGUAGAAGCAAACAUACAAACAUUCUCUCCGAUUGAGUGGGAAAGCGAAACUAUGGACAUAGAAAUAUCCCAGGGAAAAUUGAAGUUCUCCGAAUUUGGACACUCCAAAUCCAGUUAGAUUUUAUAAAUUUAUAUAUAUGUUUAUAUAUAUGUAAAUUUAAUUGUUUUAAUAAAGAGUCUAUACACAUGCA